AUGGAGGAAACUAAUUUGAGAAACAGGAAACUUAAAACUUGUUCAGCUGAAGCUGUAAAUGCGACCACUGCUUCAACUGGCAUCAAAUCAACGGACAUCCAUAAUGCAAAAGAUGAUAGUCAUUCCAAAGGCAAAACUCCAGACGGCACAGUGUUUCGUGUACCUGUCACCAGAGAAAUGGUGCAGUCUUUGAUGGAUCCCAAGGAACCCAAGAGUCUAUUUGACAUUUUGACGUUGGCCACGCUCUUUUUUGAAAUUGCGUUGCUUUUCCUUCUUCCUCGCAAGGUAUCUCAAUAUCUGUUCUUGGGCUUAUUCUUGUUCUGGAGACUGGCCUACAAUGUUGGAUUGGGCAUCUUGCUCAAAUACCAAAGUGACAAACGAGGUCUUGUCAAAUUGGCCAAAAAGUACCAUCUCUUUGAAAACCCUCGCUCGAGAAAAUGGCUCAAGACGCAGCUGUCCAUGAAAAUGCACCAGGAUUACGACUUUGAUUCCAGUCCUAUCGAGUACAAUACAUGGCUCUUGUUUCGCCAAUUGGUGGAUCUGAUCUUGAUGAACGAUUUUGGCUCCUAUGUUUGCUUUGCUAUUGCUUGGUUCAACACAAACCCUCAGUCAUCCUUCUUCAUGGAUGAGCAAUUGCGCUGGAUUGGCGGUAUCUUUUUGAUUGUGUUUAAUAUUUGGGUUAAGCUGGAUGCACAACGCGUUGUCAAGGAUUUCGCUUGGUACUGGGGCGACUUUUUCUUCUUGAUCGAGCAGUCAUUGACUUUUGAUGGCGUGUUUGAAAUGGCUCCUCAUCCCAUGUACUCUGUUGGCUAUGUUGGCUAUUACGGCAUUUCCUUGAUCUGCGCAAGCUACACUGUUUUAUUUGUCAGCAUUAUAGCACAUGUGUUGCAGAUGGCUUUCCUGGUCCUUGUAGAAACACCACACAUUGAAAAGACGUAUAAUCCUCCUGCAGCACCCAAACGUCAACCUGUUGUCAGUGAAUCUCUCGAUGAUGAUGCUACCAAUUUGAUCAAGUCAGCUCUAUCAACAAGCCACUACAACAACUACUUUCGUCGAGAUUUGAUAGUUUUCAAAAACUUUGACUUGUGUCAAUCAAGUGAUCUAGCAUCUGGUCUAGUCAUGGUCUACGCUGCUGUUACACCAUUUCUUGUGCAAGGCAAGUGGGGUACAAUAUAUGCAGUGUUACAAGCGAUAUUCUGGAGAUUGUUCCAUUCAGCUGGACUGGGCUGGCUCUUGUAUGUUCAAUCUAAAAACAAGUUUUUCACGAGACACUUUGUUAAAUGGGGUGGAGGAGUAGAUGAAGCAUUUCAAAACUGGAAAAGUAUCUAUAAUCUGUCAUCUUGCAUGACUUAUGUCUCGUUCCUCACACUCUGUCUUAAGUUAUACUCGCUGCCAAACGACUGGACAUACGGUAUUACAUUGCUGCGACAUACCUUGGGCCUGGCAUUUGUUUGCUUGCACAUUUGGACAUCUGUCUCUACUUAUGAGGUUUUGGGCGAUUUUGGCUGGUUCUAUGGUGAUUUCUUCAUGGAUGGUCAUCCCACUCGCCUCUUAUACACUGGCAUCUACCGCUUUCUCAAUAACCCAGAGAAGAUCAUGGGCCAUGCUGCGUUUUGGGGCUUCAGUUUGAUUACAUACAACCAUUAUACCUUUGGAUUAGCCCUGUUCUCGCAAAUUGCUAAUGUACUCUUCCUUCAAUUUGUUGAACGCCCUCACAUGCAAAAGCUCUACGGUGACGAAAUCCGUACUGAAGCUGGCUUGACGAAGACUCUGCGACACGCUGCUCGAACAAUCCCCAAGAAUCUCCCAGUCAGUGUACAGCAAGAAAUCGCAAAGCUUGUCCUUGAGCAAGCACCUCAUGUUGGCUUAGACGGUGCAAUCAAAGAGACCAUUGCCAAGGUAGAAAAAGUAUUCACUGAAAAAAACAGUAUAGUCGACAAGAAACCGCAUCUAUUCUUAUCAUCUUCCAGCGAUGAUGAAUCGGUAGAAGGCAACACUAACGGUGCUUACGGCUUGACUUUAUCACAUUUCAGAUCGAGUAACAGUGACGCAGCAAACAACAGUUUCACCAUUGGCGAGCGCAUCAAGGUUGACUGGGUCGCGCCUGAUUAUCAUGGACCCAAGGAUUGGAUUGGUAUUUACCGCCUCACAGCAAACCCUAGCAAGAAAUCGACCUCUAUAAGCUCUCAUGGUAAAUGGCAUUGGACAAACGUAGAAUACAAGCAAGAAGGCGACGAGAGAGUAGCUGUUUUUCCUCCUGAUACACCCCUCAAGACAAGUGGAUCAGUCGUGUUCAGUGGGACCAAGUUGCCAUGGCGUGAAGGUACCUUUGAGAUGCGCUACCAUCAUCAUGGCAAACACAAGGUGAUGGCAAGAAGUAUACCAUUUGAAAUCCUUGCACCACCCAUGCCUGAUCGAGAUGAUCAAGAUGCUAUUGAAGUGCUGCUCUUGAGACUUGUGCAAAACGUAUUGGAUAAUGAUCCUGUCAAGAUGCCCAUGUCGCCUAUUGAUGACUAUACAUAUUUGAAUGAGCAAACAGCAAAGAAGGUUGCGCAUGCAAUCAAACUGGUGUUUGGUGUUGAAUUUGCUUGGGAAGUGAUUGUUGCUGACACCCGUGUCAGCCGAUUAUCCAAAAGGAUACAGCACGCUUUGAACGCUCUGUCUCCUUUUUCAAAUCAACAACAGCAGCAAAUAAGAAAAAGAUCCUCUGCCGCCUCGUUUUCUUCCAUGACAUCGUUGUCGACAUCUCCCUCAAGCAACCACUUGGAGAAUAGCAUGCAUCCUAUUGCAAUCGCUAUGCAGCAAAGCUCUCGAUUCGUUGAUGAUGCUUAUGAUAUCCAUGAAAGCCACUCUACAAAGAAUGCAGCUGGAACUUCCCCAAUGAAGCAAUCCCCUCUGCAUUCCAUGUAUUUAAGCUAG